AUGUCUACUACCUUGAUCCAACUCUCCUAUCACCAAACUGCUCGCAAUCGCACUGAGCUCAGUCUGGAGAACCUUCUCGCUGGCACUCACAGGCAACUUAUCAGGAACCUCGGUCUCUGCACCAGUUCAGAAUACAUGACCAGGAACCUUCUGAAUGGCAAUCCGACUUCUCAACUGAACCUUGAUGCCCAGGCUAUGCUCUUGCCUCCUACAUCGCCGACAGGACGCCACGAACGAAGCCAGAAUACUAUCGACCUUCCCCGAUCGUCCCAAGAACACCCCGAGGUAGAGAUGAAAUGCCUUCGGUCAGUGGCUAGUCUCAGCAAGGAGGAAGUGAGACUGCUAACCCGAGUCCUGCGCAUAGGGUUCAUCGACCCAGCUGGGAACGAGCCUAGAGACAAAGGCGAGAUAAUGAAGGCGAUCAAGAAACUUCCCUCGGUCCUGCAGAGGCACUGGCUAGAUCACUGGAUGAACCUCAUAGGUCGGGCGCCGGCCGUGGCCCUGUGUGAUUUGCACACAAAACUGAACCCCUACAUUAUCCAAUACAUAUUCGAGCUGCUGCGAUGCGAGGUUAUCACGCAUUUGGAGUGCCUCUACUGGUACCAUAGUGUGCUCCGGGAUGCUCGCCUUGACGGCGUCGAUCUCAAAGUGCGAGAUAUUGUGUACAGCCUGCGGGACAUACAUUACAUGUGGACCCCCUCUCGACGAGUUGUCCAAGGAAGCCCGGUCACGUACCAGCAGAAUAAGUGCGAAGCGUGCAUCCUAGCCCGGGUUGUCAACGGGCGGAAAUUCCUGCAACAUCUCCGGACAGCCCUCCUGAGCCGGACAGCAACCAGGAGGAAUCAUCGGGUACCGACGUUCCUCCCGUUCGUGGAUGAAAGCAUAGCCUGCCAUGAAGGCUUCAUCGAUAGGAUACAUUGGCGCAGCAGCACUCUGGCGACAGCCAUGAAGCGUCAGCGGAAACAUGCUCACCGGGCUCGGAUGAUGUCUAACCCUAUUGUGAGUCUCAAACAAGAGACCUCAAAAGCCACAGAUGAGAUUGUAGUUCCCAUUGGCAUAGAUCCGGAGGUUCUCGAGUCAUUCCACGGGGACCGACAAAAGGACGGAAACCAUGGUGAACCCUACACAACGUCUGAGCCGGUGCCCAAAAGACACGAUAGUGACACCGACACCCUUGCUGGAAUAGUCGGGUUGUACAAUGAGCCUCAACCUCUGAAUUGGAUAUCCUCUCCCACAUCCUGUGCGAUGGAGAGUCAAUCAGAUGUCUCUUCUGUCACUUACACCGACGAAUCACCCUCUCAUGUGUCACCUACCUCCCCUAAGGACAACCCGUGGCUCGCUCCAUUAACUUCCACACCAGAUCCGUUGCCUGGUCGUUCACCAUCAAUCCACAAGAGAAAAGCCCCAAUGGAAAAACCCGCCGAUGAUGUCGAUGAUGGAUAUACAAGCAGGUACAUCCCUCCCCGGAAAAUGCCCAACUGGAAGCAUGUGUUGGGUAGAUCCAACUCCUUGGACCUAUUUUCCACCGGAGGUCAAAGCCUCUACUGGGAAGAACCCCCAGGGGAUGACGGAUGUGAGCAAAUAGCGACCCAAUACCGCAAUCUGCUCAGCCCAGUUCAGCCAUACUACGAAUCGGAACACGAUGAACGGUUCUCCCAGUCAGAUUACGAAGGCAAUCCAAUAGGAAACAGGGAAAGUCAAGAUACCAACUGGAGCUUUCUAUUUAGAUCCUAG